AUGUCCUCAAAAGACGAUCCGGCGGCAGCCUGCCCAGUUGACCACAAGACCCGCGAGGCAUGGCUUGCGCAGGCCCGCGCACAAAACGCCAAUGCACCCCCAAACCCUCACAGCACACCCAUACCCACGCCCGACGCCCCGCCAGCAGCAUCCUCACGGCCAACCGCAAAGUCAGCUGUACAGCAAUCAUGCGACUCGUCCUCUCUCGACCAAAGCACAUCGUCUCCACCUCCCACAAGCACAGGCAUUUUCUCGCAAAUACGGCUUGGCACCGAACGUGAAGUGAGCACAAUACCACGCGCGCUACCCGACGAUGCUGCGCCCGCCUCAGCAAGACCCGCAAACAACGAGCGCGACACGGGCGCCGACAAGAAGACGGGAAACUGGAUAUACCCCUCUGAGCAAAUGUUCUUCGAUGCCAUGCGCCGCAAAGCCUACGACCCCUCUGCCCCAGACAUGCGCACCAUUGUGCCCAUCCACAAUGCCGUCAACGAGCGCGCAUGGCACGAAAUCAAGAACUGGGAAAAGGGCCGCGGCUCCGAGGCCUGCGGCGGCCCGAAACUGGCUUCGUUUUCGGGUCUGAGUACCAGUUUGACGCCCAGAGCCCGUUGGAAGAGCUUCCUCGGGUACCAGGCGCCGUUUGAUCGCCAUGACUGGGUUGUGGAUCGCUGCGGCACGAAGAUUGAGUACGUGAUUGAUUUUUAUGCAGGCAAGGACGAGGGCAAGGUGGGCAAGGCACUCAACUUUUACUUGGAUGUCCGGCCAAAGUUGAAUAGCUGGGAGGGCAUCAAGACACGAGUCUUGAAAUUCUGGGGGUUGUAGUGUUAUUGGAUGAAGGGCCUCGAGAAGCGCCUAUGUGUGUACGUGUGCGUAUAUAUGUCAUGAUUUUCAUGAGUGGGAAGCAACAAAACAAUCCCCGAUAUGUUGU